UUGACAGAUGGAGUUGGUUUGACUCUCCGUCGGGGCAGGAAACACGCUGGACGCCACAUAGCACACAGAAAUUUAGGGUUUUUUUGUUUGCAAUGAGAACCGAGGAGAGCGAAAAUGGAGAAAACUCGACCAACUCGAGCAUCAUGUUGAUAAACCAGCUGAAGGAAAUCACUGGUGUCCAGGAUGCACAGAUUCUCUGCAGAGCGUUGAAUGCCAGCCAUGGUGACGUUGGACAGGCGGUUGCGCUGCUGACCACGCAGACCACAGACAGGCAGGAUUCUGAGGAAUCACAUGAGUCUGGAACAUCUGGAGGAGCAUGGCAGGGAGAGAAAGCAGUUCACAAGGAUGAACUUCAGGCUGCGAUCGAACUCAGUCUGCAGGAAUCCCACAAUGCUCAAGAAGAAGAGAGAGAAUUUCACAGGGCUCUGGAGGCCAGUGCUGAGGAGAACACAGCCAGAAUCAAGAGGAAGAAAUGUGAGGCUCAGGGAGAGAUGUGUAGCCCCUCUGACUGGAUACGACAAGACGAAUGGCCCGUUGGAAUUCGCAAUGUAGGGAACACCUGUUGGUUCAGCGCCGUCAUCCAGUCACUCUUCCACCUGCCAGUCUUCAGACGCCUGGUUCUCAACUACCACCUUUCCGAGCGAAUACUGGAGAAGUGCAAGAGUCACGCGGAUAAGAGGAAUGUGGCCUUCAUGCAAGAACUGCGAUGCCUGUUUGCCCUCAUGGUUGGUUCCACUCGGAGGUUUGUGGAUCCCUCAGCUGCAGUGGAGCUACUGCGAGAUGCUUUUAGGACCAGUGAAGCACAACAGGAUGUGAGUGAGUUUUCCCAUAAGCUGCUUGACUGGCUGGAGGAUGCGUUCCAGUUGGCUGCAAAUGGAAAGAACCCCGAGGACAAGUUAGAAAACCCAAUGGUGCAGCUCUUCUAUGGGACGUUUGUGACCGAGCGCAGACAUGAAGGGAAAACUCUCUGUAAUAUUGAGCAGUUUGGCCAGUACCCCUUGCAAGUCAAUGGCUUCAAUAACCUAGAUGAAUGUCUGGAAGGCGCAAUGGUUGAGAAGGAGAUUGAGUCGCUACAUUCUGAUCACAGUGUCACAUCUGGUCGUGAGAGGUGGUUCAAAAAGCUACCACCAGUUCUGACGUUUGAACUGUCCAGGUUUGAGUUCAACACACAGCUCGGCCGUCCUGAGAAGAUUCACAAGAAGCUAGAGUUUCCACCAAUUGUUUACAUGGACAGAUAUCUGCACAGAAACAUCACACAGACCCACGAGAGAAGAGGUGAAGUCAAAAAGCUGAAAGAACAACUUGCAACACUUCAACAGAAACUUGAGUGCUACAAAAACUUCGGCUCCGGACCGACCAAGUAUCCUCUGGCUGACAUGCUGCAGUUUGUGUUGGAGUUCGCCACCACCAAGCCGUCCAAUGUGUCCCCUGCUGAAGACGUGAGACCAACUUCCUCAUCCCCGGCCCCGUCAAACCAACUGCUCAGCGACCUCACCGGCAAAGACAACAGUAGUGACUCUAUAGAUGCUGAAUCACCAGACGUCCCUGCUGCUGGUGUGUCCAUUUGCCAAAGGACCCCCAUAUACAAGCCUUUCACCCAGUGCAGACCACCUGUUGACUGCCCCCCACAUCCGGCACCUCACAGCAUCACGGAGGAAGAGUUGCACCAUGUCAAAAGCUGCCUGCAGCGAUGGAGGACGGAAGUAGAGAACGACAUCAAUGAGCUGAAGGUCAACAUUGACAGGCUGUCUCAGGCUCUCGAGGGCAUGUAUUCGGACAACAGUCUGUGUCAGGUUCCCUACAGGCUACAUGCAGUACUGGUGCAUGAAGGUCAGGCUUCUGCAGGCCAUUACUGGGCAUACAUCUAUGACCAUGCCAAUAAGCGCUGGAUGAAAUACAAUGACAUCAACAUCACUGAGUCUUCUUGGGAAGAACUGGAGCGAGACUCCUUUGGUGGAAUGACUAACGCCAGCGCUUACUGUCUGAUGUACAUCGACGACAGGUUACCCAGCCUCAUUACAGGUAAUGAUACGGAUGACGAAACCGGCCAAGUCCUGCAUGGCUUGGACUCUCUGCCGCCCGUCCUCCGGCGAUAUGUCCAUGAAGAUAACCGCUGGUUCCAGCAGGAGCUCAGUGAGUGGCAGGAGCAGUUUUGUCAGACUGCAGCGCCACAAGGAGAGUCCACCGUCUCUGCGGAGCCUUCCAACCCUGAACAAAAGGAAGUUCAGCAGACACCAGUGGAGCCAGCCCCUCAGUCCGGACCUCCGUCUUUGGAGCCAGACCAGGACGGUGCGCAAGAGACACCAGAAGAGGAACCAGAGGAAGAGAAGAAUCAAGAGCCGGACAUUGUUUUGGAGGCCAAAGAAACAAGAGCUGUAACGCCACAGCCACCACUCCAGAGCCCUGACUCCAGACUGGACGAUGAUGCUGCGGCCAUCAGCGACACCCAGGGGCCUUCCACAGAUAAAGCCGGGGCCGGGAAACAGCUGCAAAAUCAGACUCCAGACGCUGCAGUGGAGCUCAGUAAUGAAGCACCUCCUGACCCCCCUGCGCUGAAGAACGACUCACGAGUGGAGGACUGCUGCUCAGAAGUUGACCCGCAGACUACAAGUGAAGCACCUGAACAAGCCGCAGAUCAGGAGGAGCCGUUACAACGGGAGGUCCCAGCUCGACAGAGGCAGACAGAGAAUGAGGUUUCGGAGGUGGAGAUCCCCAAUGUCGGCAGGAUUAUGGUGCGGGCUGAUGCCGAUGGUUACAAUGAAGAGAUGAUGCUGACUCCUGCUAUGCAGGGCGUCAUCCUGGCCAUUGCAAAGGCCAGACAAAUAUUCGACAAGGAAGGUCCUGAGGCUGGCCUCAUCAAGGCCUUCCACGAGGAGUAUUCCCGUCUGUACGAGCUCUCCCAGGAGGAGACAACACCACAGGAAGACGCUCGUCUGCAACACGCCCUUGUUUACUUCUUCCAGAAUAAGGCACCCAAGCGCAUCAUUGAGAGAACGCUGCUGGAGCAGUUUACCGACCGCAACUUGAGCUUUGAUGAAAGGGCGAUCAGUAUCAUGAGAGAAGCCCGAGCCAAGCUACGCCUCAUCAAGCCCGAGGACAUGGACAUGGACGAAUACUUGCAGUGGCACGAUGACUACAGGCUGUUCAGGACAGUGUUUGUCUACCUGCUGACGGGACUGGAGCAUUACCAGCAUGGAAAGAUGCGUGAGGCUCUAACCUACCUCGCCCACGCAUACGAUACCAACUCUACUCUUCUGAAGAACGGAGAGAAACGUGGCGUUGACAAGUCGCUCAUCGCCGUUUAUAGGAGAAGUUGCCUCACAAAACUCAACGAAAGCGCGUCCAAACUGUUCUGCAGCGCUGAGGAGGGCAAAGUGGAGGAAGGCAUCGCCAUCAUGGAAGAGGUCGUCAUCCCUUGCCUCCACCUGAUGAGCCGAGAGUCAGGCCUGUCGCAGGAGGAUAAGGAGACUCUGGAGAGCAUCCGCGGUCACUGGUGCUGCUGUUUGAGCCAGGAGAUGGACGAUUCAUUGCAGGCCAAACUUGGAGAGUUCCUGCCCAGAGUUCUUGACUGCUCAGCAGAGACGGUCGUUCUUAAAGACCCGCCCAAAGUCCACGUCAACCAGGCCUACGACCUUUGCAGUCGCCUGGCGGCUGUCAUGGAGUCCAUCCACAACACCUCCAUUGUCAUUGUGAAGUAAACCCCCCGGUGGGCGGAGUCACGGCUGUUUACCUGUCAAACACCUUGAAUCUGAUGACAUGUCGGUCGGGUCCAUCCGAGCGGAGACUCUUUGUAUAUUUUUUUAACAAGUCACAAUAAUCAUUUGGACGUGUGGUUUGUACAUCAUUUUCUGGCAUUAACAUAGAUAGUUUUACGCAUUAAUACAAGCGCUGGUGAUGAUCACUAUCUGUUAAAACAGAACCGAAUUACUCAUAAUAUUAUGUUUCAUCCGUGGGGAGGUGUCGGACUGAAAAGCGAAACGUGGCAAAUGUUCAAUAAAAAUGUGUUUUAUAUUUAUUUUUAUUUAGUAGACUAACAAGUAGGAGAAUCAGACAGAAGAGGGUCGUCCUGUGUGACAUGUGGGGAGCACCUACAUUUCACACUUUACUCUCAAGUCUUCUGCGGAGCAAAGCAACCUGACAUCCCAUCCUAAAUAAAAUCAUUCACCUUCUGCUGCUUUUUCCCUUGUACACAAUAAA